GCAGGAGCAGGAUACCAACACCACGGCACCACCGGACGUGGACGCGAUAGCGACGAAGACGGCGUCCAAGAUAGAGACGAUGGCGGAAGCCCAGCGGCUGAUUGGGAUCUCGCUGGCGAAGAUCGCGCAAUCGCGCGUCUGUCGUGGUGGCGUUUCACUCCACAAGAACCUGCUGGUUGCGACCGUGCUGCAGAAGGCUCGGUACAUCUUCAUGGAGGAGGCGUAUCACAUCGUGCACGGGCACUAUCUCCAGCAGCAGCAGCAGCAGCAGCAGGCGCAGCAACAUCAACAGUUGAUGAUGCAGGAGAACGCGGCUGCCGCGUACCUUUUGGCGGCUCACUGUGACGGGGGUGGUGAAUCGGCGGGUGGUGAUGAUAAGUGUGGUAGUGGUGAGCUGGUGGAACGUCAUCAUCAUCCCUGUUUGCUGCCUGGUGGUGAGGACGAGCUAGUGGAUCCGGUGGAGGAAGAUGACGGCACGACGGCCACUUCUCGAGGGACACCACCGGCGUACGGUGGGGGGGAGUGUGAUGUAGGAGGAGAAGUCAUUCUGCCCACGACCCUUGGCGGGUUGCCGUUGGAGCCACUCAACAUGUGCCGGCAUGAUCCUGCUCGAGGAACUGAUCGCGAGGAAGAGGAGGAAGAAGAAGAUGAAGAAGAGGACGUGGUGCCGGAUGACGUGAAGGACGAACGGCAGGUUGCUCGCGAGGGAGGAUCACAUGACGUGUCGCAUUUGUUCCUGCUUCCGGCACUAGCACCGUGGAUCGGCGGAAGCAGUAGUUCCUGCGAGGAUAAGGAGAACAACGUGGCUGGUGACGUGGAUGGUGCUUCCGGUGGAUUUUCCUCAUUUCUGACAGCGUCCGGCUUUGGUGGGGAGGUUGAUGAAGACGACGAGGAGGAGGAAGAGGACGAAGAGGAAGACGACGAUGAGGAGGAGGAGGAGGAAAACACUUGCCAGGAUUUGUCCUGCCACCAGCGGAAACCACCGACCGCGGCGGUAACAACACCGGCGGAACAGCGAACGUCCGAAAGUGUGCAGCAGCAAUUUGAAUCGGCAGUUCGUUCGAAGGGUGCCAUGAGGUACUUCGAUUUGGGUGGCAGCAACAGCAGCGAUAGGGGUGGUAGGGUGGAACGACGUCGGCGGAGACAUCGUACGGAAGGAGACAGCAGGAUAUCGUUGGUGGUUCCUGUGAAACGACGGCGCUCUUCGACCACCGGUGAGUGGGAUGGCACGGAUACGAUGGCACAAGAGGAGGCUGAUGAGCGUAUCCUGCCGAUCGCGCUGUUGUCCGCGAAAAGGAUGAAAACGGGUGAUACACCGCGUGCCGCCAAUGCUGCCCUUCUCACUGGCCCUCACGGGCAGCCACAGUUUUAUUCUUCCCCGCACGACACGAUCUGCCAGGGUGAUGCCGAAACGCUCUCGGAGUGUGUUAAUCAGCAGUUGGAAGCGGAAAACCUUAGCACCACCACCAGUAGUAUCACCAGCACCGGCAAUAGUAGCAGCUCUACCAGCACCACCACCACAGACGUGCAAUCGGACGCGGAAGGGACACUGGCCGCUGCGUCACCGCCGGCUCCUUCCGUCGAGAGCAUCGACCGGAUAACGUCCCUGGUGUCGAUCUUCAGCUUUGGUAACCUGUCGCGAUCGGUUUCGACGCCGGAUUUCUGUGCGGCCCAGGCACAGAAGGACACCCGGCCGGAUGCGGGUGGUUCGCUGCUGACGAGCCAGCUGCAGCAUCAUCAUCAUCAUCAUCACGGGCAGCGCGGUUACCUGACGAUGACGGUGUAACUAAUGCUGCUGCAGGCGCUCGAUGGAGGCGGAUGGCGGAAUUACUUCGAGUACUGA